AUGCAGUGCGACGACAUUACUUGGAAUAUUCUCCGAAAGGGUCAAUGUGCUUUUAAGGCAUGGACGAAGCCAACGUUAUUCUGUCGUAAUGAAAUGAAUUUGACGGGUUUAUGCAAUAGAGCUUCAUGUCCGUUAGCAAAUUCUCAAUAUGCCACUGUUAGGGAGGAAAACGGUGUUUGUUAUCUCUACAUGAAAGUUAUUGAACGAAGUCAUUAUCCACGGCGGUUAUGGGAGAAGAUCAAGCUAUCAAAAGACAUGAGCAAGGCUCUGGAGCAAAUCAGUGAUAAUCUUCUCCACUGGAGUGAGUAUGUACGCCACAAAUGUAAAGCCAGACUUGUUCGAAUUCAUCAAUAUUUGAUAAGAAUGCGACGAAUGGCCAUCAAGGGAACCCAAAAAAAGAUCAUUCCUGUGGCUCGUAAAGUUGAGCGUCGUGAAAAGCGUCGAGAAGAAAAGGCUCUUGUUGCAGCGAAACUAGACAAAGCAAUUGAGAGCGAGUUGCUGUCUCGAUUAAGGCAGGGCACUUAUGGAGAUAUUUACAAUUUCCGACAAGAAGCCUUUGAGCAUAUGCUUGAUGAGAAUGAGACAGCUGUGGAGAGAGAAGAAGAGCUUGAAGUGGAAGAUGAUGAGGACGUUGGACGAGUCCAGUAUGUAGCUGACUUAGAAUCGUCAGAUGAGGAGGAUGUCGAAGAUAUUGAGGAUACUGCUGGAGGACAUUGGACUCCACCUGAUACAGAUAGCGAGGACGAUGACUGGCAACGACAGCAAGAAAGUGACGAUGAGGACGAGGAUGAAAGCGAAGGAGCAGAAGAUGUGGACAUGGAAGAGCCACCGAAAAAGAAACGCAAGAAGAAGGUUGACAAGAAGAAGGAACCGAAACCUGCCAAGACUCCCAAAAGAAGGCGACCACAUGUGGAAAUCGAGUACGAGGAUGAAUCCGAACUGCGAUCAAAAAUCAAAGCAUAG